AUGGCUGUAAGAGGUGAAGACAAGACUGGUAAAGAGAUGCCAGUGAGACAGCGGAAGGCUCACAAGAAGUCUCGUCUCGGAUGUAAGAACUGCAAACUAAGGAGUGUGAAGUGCGAUGAAUCAAAACCAUCAUGUAAACGUUGUACUUCAUCAGGCUUCGUCUGCUCAUUCACUGAGUUAUCCCCCUCGUCCUUUCAACUCGCCCACCAGAGCGCAGGGCCAGUCUUCUCAGUCGUCAAUAAGUCUCUCGGUCCUAUCAACCCUGGUUUCAGAGUCCCCGUCAUCCAGCCUGUAAAGGGCGGUGCCGGUGAGAUUAUACUAGACGAUGCUGCCCUGGCGGCCAUUGAGAGGUUUCGACUAAGGACAGUGUUCUCUGUUGGUACACAGAAGACGAGAAGUGUUUACAGCGAAGGCGCGUUUCUGCUAGGAUUGAAGCAUCCUUUUCUCAUGCAUGUCUUUAUUGCUCUGGCUCUUCUUCAUGAUCAGCAUCUAAACCCCUGCCAAACAUCUUCUCACCGUACAGCACUCGCCUUCCACUGGUAUCAAGCCACUGCCCUCUUCCACCGCCGUCUCAUGGCAGCAGGGUCGGCCCGUGAUGUGUCAAAACUCUCUGGCUCUGAACGCGACUCCCUCUGGGCUUCAGGAGCUCUUCUCGGCGCAGCUUCGAUGGCCCUUUUGGAUGCUGAAGACGUGUAUGGAGUAUGGCCGCUCAAGAAAUCCGACUCUCUUGAUCUUGACUGGUUGAGAAUGAGUGACGGGAAGAAAGCUGUAUGGAAAAUCGCUGACCCAACGAGGAAGGAUAGUAUUUUUCAUCAGUUGCUCAAAGAAUGGGAUGGCAUCCCUGAUGGUUCUAGGCCCAUCCCGCCCGGUGCCCUUCCGACUAUGUUCUACGAGGCCUUUGACAUUGGGCCGUCUUCUACAGCUCAGAACAACCCAUAUCAUGUGGCUGCGUCGCUGCUCGCACAGUUACUUCCCCGAAGGAUCGAUGAUAAUACAGUCAUCCAUUUUCUCACUUUUUUAACGCAGCUGGACCCGCGGUAUAGAAAGCUGCUGGAGGAGAAGGACCCCAAGGCUAUGGUUUUGCUGGCAUGGUGGUAUACCAAAGCAGCGGCGCACAGCUCAUGGUGGAUGCAGAGGAGAUCGGUGGUAGAGGGGCUGGCGGUCUGCAUCUAUCUGGAGAUGAAUUUUGGGAAUGAAGCAGCUAUUCAGGAGCUGGUGAAGUUUCCAAGGCGUGUAUUUCAUGCCUGUCGUGGUAAUGGAGGUUCAAUGCCCGUGCAGGACAGACAGCCUUUGAUAGCUGGUGUUCAGGCGUACUAG